UGUAAGCAUUGUCCCAAGAUGCUAAUAUAAGCAUUGAUUGCGUAGGAUAUUGGUCUAUAAAACCUGAUCGCUAAGUUUGAGACUUUACUCUCUAUCACUGGGCAGGCAGCAUCAGCACUAAGUCACAACACUCAUCCCUCCUAAAUCUUUUCCACUCAAAGUAUUGUUCAUCUGAACUUCUGUACAAUAAAAAUGUCCGAGGAUCAAAAACCCCGAAUUCUGAUUAUCGGCGCUGGGGCCAUGGGAAUUCUCACCGGUUAUCACCUUAGUCUCGCUGGAGCCGACGUGACAUUCCUCAUCCGCCCACAUCGCGCCAAGGCGUUGGAUAAUCCUCAGAUACUCUAUUGCUACGACGAUAACAAGUUGAAGGAGUAUAAGCGAUACAACUACAUUGUGAACCCGUCGCUUAUACUUGGAUCGAACUAUGACUACAUUGUUAUUGCACUUGAUGGUGCCUCUUUGAGGAACGAGGCAGGUGUAGACUUGGUGAAGACGAUAGGCGAUGCUGCACGAGGGACUAAUACGAAAGUCGUCCUUGGUUCCAUAUUCUUUGACUUACGCACUUGGUUCCUUCAGGUCUCAGGACUAGCGGGCGAACAAGUAACUAACGGACAUCUCGAGAUUCAUGCCUACUCCACGAAGGCGUUGACUCUGCCAGUAGAGGCCCCGACAGAUCCAGAACUGAUUGCAAAGGCCGACUUUGCCUACACGGACAAGCUGGACGACGGGUUCACCGUCGACGAUAGCUCCCCUGCCGUUGCAAAUGGAUUUGCAGAGAUAUUCAAUGCAAGCGGGAUUUCACGCUGUGCUGUCAAGCCGGCACUAGAAUGCGCCGUUUCCAUAAAUCCUCUGUUCCCCGUCUUUGCGGCAUGUGAAUUGAUGGGCUGGCCUAAAUUGAAAGACAUCGAUAGAGAGGAACUAUGGAGUUCUGUAGUCGCAUCAGUGAGGGAAAUCCAGGAGCUCAACGUCCAUGGGGAGCUGGGAAAGCAGGCCGCUAAAAUGACGACUGAAGCUGGACUUGCUGCUCCCCUGGCGGCGUGGGAGAAGCAGAUGCUUCCGUUCGACUUACAAGCGUUCAACCGCUACCAUCAUGGCGAGAAAUUAAGGGCCCAGGGUCGGGAACAUUUGAAACUUUGUAUUUCCUAUGGUGCAGCCGAGGGGAAGCCAAUGCCGGCACUGAAAGACCUGCUACGGCGUGUUCAGGAACACGAAGUGGUCGUGGUCUAAUGAAGCGAACAGGAAAUUCUCUUAUAUUACAGGAUUAUAAAAGUAUUAAGUAGUUACUUUCGAUGUUAUACCGUAAUCACAUAGGUACCUGUAGUUAUAUUCACGUCUUGGCUUGAGAUACAACGGAUGGUAGGCAUGAUGUUCUCCUGUUUACGGGCGAAUCUUUCUUAUCCCGAUCGCCUCAUGUAGAGUCCGAAGACCUAAAAAGGGUCGAGCAGAAAUCUUCAAGAUGAUAGAGUGAUAAAUGGCAUACUAGCCAGGUCUUCCAUUUAAUAUCAAUUAUGGCUAUUGGCGUAAUCUUGGAUACGAUAAAGGCUGUAGGAAGACGCGUAGCCAAGUAGGACAAGACGGC